AUGCCCUCCACCGCUACGCCGGGGUCAAUCCGCCCUCGGAAACGAGUUGCGCUCGCCUGUAACGGCUGUCGCACAAAGCGGACAAAGUGCGAUGGCGAUCAGCCAAAAUGCAGUAGCUGCAACUACCGAGAGGAGGAAUGCACCUAUACAGACUCAGAGAGUAAGCGAAAACGACCUAGCAAUGCAUAUAUCCUGGCCCUGGAAGCACGCGUCGAAUUCCUCGAACGGCGACUGGAAGUGCUCGGUGGCGACAUCAGCAAUGGCAAUGGCAAUGGCAAUGGCGAUAUAGGGAGCAUUACGGCGGAUUUGACGAGCGACUCACGAACUUCGUCAGAUCAAACUUCGGUCGACGAUCUGACUGAAGCACUCGGAUGCUUUACAUUGGGAGAUACCGGGGAGCUUCGAUUCUUCGGCGCAUCGAGCAACUUCAACAUCAUCCAGAAUCCUUCACUCAGAGUCGCCUCAUCACUCGAGGCACGAACUCGAGGCAUUGCCGCAGCUCGAAAGAGUUCUGGAUAUAUCGAACCAUCCUCAGAGCUGCAAGACCACCUGCUGGGCCUGUUCUGGCGCUGGCAAAACUCCUGGCAGUAUCUUGUUUGCCGGGAGUCUUUCGUGCGUGAUCUUUAUAUCGAAAAGACAGGUAGGUAUUGCACGCCACUGCUCUUGACCGCUAUCAUGGCCCUGUCAUCUCGGUACUCGCCUCGACCUGAGCUGCGCACUGAUGCAGCCGACGCAAACACUGCAGGGGCCAUAUUUGCCCAGCAGGCCAAAACCAUGCUGGACUGCGAAUACGAAGCCCCCACAACAUCCACGGUUCAGGCUACUGCUAUACUAGGGCUGUAUUGGGCUUCUAUCGAUAAUGAAGGCCAGGGCUUCAUGUACAUUGGGAUGGCAUCGCGCAUGGCAAUGAACCUAGGCUUACACUGCGACUGCUCAUACUACGCGACUAAGGGGUUGAUCUCUCAAAAGGACGUGGAGGAGCGCAGCAUUGCAUUCUGGGGGAUGUAUGUGCUUGACAAAUUAUAUUGUCUUGGAAUGGGACGCCCGGCAAGCAUUCAGGAACGCAACAUCACUACGCCAAAGCCCGUGGUCAAAGACUACCAUGUGCCACCAUUGACAGGGCCGUUAACAAGAAUUUCUAGUCCGUUUCCCACAUAUCACAUUACGGAAAACUCUCUCUAUACCUGUGAGCUGCUCAUGUUUACCUCGGAGGUGAUUGAUAAACUGUAUGCGCAACGCUCCGAAUGGACAGACCAGGAAAGAGAAGACGGAGUGAUGCAGAUUCACUUACGGGCGACAAGAUUCCUUGACCACCUCCCAAAGAGCCUGAAGAUAUCAUAUUCGAGCCUGCAGCCGUCUCCUCCCUACGUCUAUCAACUUCAUCUACAAUACUACCACUCUAUUGUCCUUCUGCACCGGCCAUUUCUGAAUCAUUUCUCAGGGUCCCGCCAGUCAAUAGAAUACGACCCCAACGGCGGCGAUGUCCAUUCCAACUCCUGUCGCUCGGCUGCUGUGAAAAUCUGCGAGAUACUUCGAAUAUACGGAAAGAAUUUCAGAAACCGCCAUCUCCCCGUCUCCGCCGUGCAUCCGGCCUUCACAGCGGCAAUCAUCCUCCUCCUGGACCUGAAAAUGCGCCAGGAUUCCAAUAUCAACACAGAGGGCGUGGGAAAGGCGUAUAAAGAGACCAAGCACUAUCUCUCUAUAUGCAUCGUGGCGCUCUACGAGAUGAACAUCAACUGGAACUGGGCAAACCGCUCCAUUAGAGCUAUUCAGUCACUAGCCGCCCAGUGGAAGAUCGACCUAUCAACGCUGGAUGUGGAGAGGGUCCCAGAUGAGUGCUGGAGCCAGUAUACCCUAUAUGUGUCGGAGUGUAUUUCUACAGAGCAACUACAGGGACCGCUAGUAGAGGCGACAGACCAGCGGGGCGAACACGGCCCUGUCGCUGCCGGCGACUUUCCACCGUGGUUGAAUGGGAUAUCUUCCUUGGCUCCGUUUGACCAAGCCAUUGAUCCUCAUCCUGAUCCCGAUCCCCUCGAUGACGGUCAGUUUUGGGCUAAUAUGGGGUUGCUCUUUGGCUGUUCGGAUCCGUAG